AUGAAGACGAAGAAUAGAAAUAAUAAUACUAAUGAUAAUAAUAGGAGGAAGAAGAAGAAGAAGAAGAAGAAGAAGAAGAAGAAGAAGAAGAAGAAGAAGAAGAAGAAGAAGAAGAAGAAGAAGAAGAAGAAGAAGAAGAAGAAGAAGAAGAAGAAGAAGAAGAAGGUGAUGAUGAAGAAGAAGAAGAAGAAGAAGAAGAAGAAGAAGGUGAAGAAGAAGAAGAAGAAGAAGAAGAAGAAGAAGAAGAAGAAGAAAAGUAGGCGACUUCAUGGACCAAACAGUAUUUGUGUCGACGUUUCGGAAACUCCCUUGUUUUCAUCAUCAGACUGGCGAGGUGUCAUCUCCUGCUGGCCUGGAUUUGUUCUCUCUCGCCGCCUGUCUAGUAUUAUAGUCAUGCCUGACGCACAAACUCUGAUCUAUCUGCUGGUUGAUGACAGGCUUCGGCCUCUCUGUUGCCGACCACUGGAGGGCUCGCAUGAGCUCUCUCCCUUGCGCGGCUACCAUACUUGCCGCAAAAUCGGCGGGCCCGUCAGCACUCCCCUCGUAACUGGAUGGGCCGUCGUCGCGUGUGCGAAUCACGUUCGGCUCUUUUGGACGCGUCGGGAGAUAGACGCUUCCCGCUGGUCGCAUGACCACUGGGGAUGACUCUACUGCAUUAUUUUAACGAGAAGAGUCUGACGCGGAAAGUCUUUUGAGGACAUUUUUAUGUGUAAUUGAUAUUCAGAUGACGGUAGACGUUCCGAUGUGGGUUAAAGAAGCAGACUUGAUUUCAUGGGAAUCCGAUCAGCAUCUGGGGAGUGAUACUUUAUGUCAUUAAUUUACUGGUCCUAGAAAGUGGGUAUUCAGUAGUCCGAUCUUCCGGGACAAGUCUUGUGAUUAAAUUUGGCUGACGUAUCGCGUCCUGAAAGGACAAUAUGACAGAUCCGGGGGAUGGUCUAAACAGGUAGUCAAGAUCCAACUGUGUGUCUCUGCUCGAGCGGAACUCUUAGGAGCAUGGGACAUAGUCUGAUUGACAGUGGGUAAGGCUGAGUAAGCAGUCUGAAAUGGCGUCUGAUGGCAAGGGACGCUCAACGAUCGUUCAUACGGAACUCACUCUUUCCGUUGUGCCUUACGGGCUCUCUCUCGAGCCCAAUCAGCAGCCGCACAGCGGGACACGAUAUAGUCAGAAUAGCAUUAUCGACCAAGACGAAGGUGAAUGGAAUGGCCAUUUCUGUCUUAUUAGCCCUCGUCAGCCAGUCAUACCCAACCCCGAAGUUUGGAACACAUGGGGCUCGAACUCGCGACCUGUUAGUUAGAAGUCUACGCCUCCAACCGCUGGGCCACGAGCAGGUUGUCCUAUCGGUUUCGAUCGGAAGUAUACAAUUAUAGGGGGGCUCACCGAUCGAAACCGACAGCGUAACGGGCUCGUGGCCCAGUGGUUAGAGGUGUGGACUUCUAACUAGCAGGUCGCGAGUUCGAGCCCCAGGUGUUCCACACUUCGGGGUGGGGUAUGACUGACUGACGACGGCUAAUAAGCCAAAAAUGGCCAUUCCAGUCUCCCUUGUCUUUGUCGAUAAUAACAUAAUGCUCUCUGAGGAAGCAUCAUACAUUAGGGUUGGUUAACCUUGUUUUUGGUCUGCUGUGGUUAUUUAGCCGCACCUGGGGCAAAUAAAUCCCAGCCACCUGUAAUACGGGACCGGUGGUAAUAGGGGUUUUUAGAGAUGGGGCUAGGGAGCGCACAGGCGACGAGGUCAAAUAAUUUUAUGCAAAAGAAGUGCUAUUGGGAAUGCGUGGUUGUACUUUGAGUGGUUGAGCAAUACUUGCCCUAACCCCCAAACCUAACCCUAGUCCUGAUCCUAAUCCCUAACCCUAACCCCCAACAGUAUUGUGUCCAUCAGGUGCGCCUGCAUAGCCACAUCUUACCCUUGCUAUUUUUGCUAUCCUCACUAACUUGGGACAGGCGAACAAAGCUGAUCCUGAUUGAUUAUAUGGAAAGAAGCGAAGUUCGUGUAUCUGAAAUAGGAAUACAAAUAUGAAGAUUGUUCCUGUAACGGCCGAUGUGAUAUCCCUCCGAUACUGUCGCACAGCCUGAAAAAGAAACUGCUGUUAUAGGAAAUCCACUUCAAGAACAUUCCACCAUAUGAGUGUCAGAUUCGACUUUCGCUCGCAUCUGAUGGCAUUAGUGUUCAUGUUCCCAUCUAACCAUUGUCCCUGACUGCGACUCUGAAGAAGUCUUGGGCAGUCGGUCAGAAGUAGUCGACUGUUCCGCGUAACUGAAUACGAAGCCGGUGCUGAGGUGACCAUUGAAAAAUGCGGGCGAACGUGGAGGCAGAGGACAGUGAGCACAUUUCUGACUCUUUGUGCGAAUGAGGCUGCGUGAAUCGUUGCAGUCUAUCGCGCGAUGGUGAUCACUUCGACUGGUCCGAAUUUUGGCAAGAUCGCAGUUGGUAGCCAGGAAUGGGGAAGCGGACGGCUGCCUUAACCCUAAUCCUAACCUUAACCCUAACCCUAACCUUAACCUUAAACGUAAACCGUUAACCCUAACGGCAGCCCUAACCCUAACCGAAAUCGUAAACGUAACCGUAGCCCUUAGACAUAGCCCUAACUGUAAAACCUAACUGUAAUACUGAAACCUAAUCGUAAAUCAAACCCUAACCGUAACCCGAAAACCUAGCCCUAAAGGCAUAACCCUAACCCGAAAAUCGGAGACCACUAACGGGUACCCUAAUCCUAACCUUAAACGUAAAAACGGAAGCCAAAUGGGUCAGACAUGAUUAUUUUGCCCCACAAGAAAGCCCCGGUAGACAAAACAACUACGAUCUAGCCCGAAUUUUUUCUCAGCCAAUAAUGUGAAUAACUGUCUGAACGUUUCCUCGUUCCGCGUGGAUUCCAUAUGUAUGGGAACGAACGGCUGUGUUUAUGCUCUGCAACUGUCUACAGUGAUACCAUCAGUGCCCUAAUCUGGCUGCCGUCCGACAGGUAGAGUGUGUCCGCAAGUUGCCUGAUCGUCGUGUUUGCAGACAAGUAGAUGAUAACUUAGGAACUCUGACAAAGAAAUGAAAUAUCCGGCUACCCUUCAGUUUAUGCUCAUGAUAGAUAGGUAGAGAUAGAGCUCUCUCUGACUCCAUAUCUCGACUAUUGCUUUAGUCGAACUACCCUUAAGCCCAACCCUGACAGGGUGGGCAUCACGAUAUCACGAUAUCUUUUACACACCUGAAGGCAGAUUGUAUGUGUCCUGGCCUGAAUGCAGUAGCCGCUCCAUUUUCCACCGCCUCUGAACGCCGUCUGUAACUAACGGACUAACGGGUGAAGUCUUCUGCCCGUGGAAAGGAAAUUCUACUGCCUCUGUGAAAGUAAAUCAACAUAUGCUGUGUUUAAAAUUGUUCGCAUCGUCCGUUAGUGCAACAGCAGCGACAACAACAACAACAACGACGACAACAACAGCAGCAGCAGCAACAACAACAGCAACAACAACAAGAACAGCAACUGCCCACGAAGAUUAACCCGGUAGUAGCGUAG